UUGAUGUGGUUUACCUUUCCGUCGCAGUUGACUCCCAUGUGUUUAUGUUUACACAUGGAAGUGAACCAAGAUUAAGUCUAGACGUCUAUACUAGAUUCUCGACUAGAUAUUAAGAUAUACGUAAUGCAGUAUAGACCUGAAUGAGAGAAAUCUGUUAAGGAUUUGAAAUUUAAGAACGAAAAAUGAUUAGACGGCAGGCUCGCCUUCGAAGAGAAUAUAUUUAUAGAAAAACUAUUGAAGAACGGGAAAAGUCAAUUCAAGAAAAGAAACAAAGGUUAAAAAAUGCAGUGGAAGAAAAUAAGUCCAUUCCAACAGACCUCAGAGAAGAUGCUAUUAUGCUGCACAAAACAUUAAACUGGGAGGAUGAAGGAGCAGAUGGCAUAACAACAAAUGUUGAUGAUGAAUAUAGGUGGGCUGGUGUAGAGGAUCCAAAAAUAAUGAUAACAACAUCCAGAGAUCCCAGCUCAAAACUCAAACAGUUUGCCAAGGAGAUGAAGCUAAUAUUCCCCAACUCUCAAAGAAUCAACAGAGGUAAUUACAGGAUAGAACAACUGAUAGAUGCCUGCAGGGCUAAUGAUAUAACUGAUGUGGUUGUCGUACAGGAGCAUAGGGGUGUUCCUGAUGGCCUAGUUAUUUGCCAUCUUCCAUUUGGACCUACAGCAUUUUUUAAUUUGACCAAUGUGGUCAUGAGACACGACAUCCCAGAUGUGGGGACCAUGUCAGAAGCGUUUCCACAUCUGAUCUUUAGAAACUUUACUUCCAAGCUUGGCAGUCGCGUGAGAGAUAUAUUGAAGUACUUGUUUCCUGUUCCCAAGGACGAAUCUAGAAGGGUGAUGACCUUUGCCAAUGAGGAUGAUUAUAUAUCUUAUAGGCAUCAUGUUUACAAAUUUGAAGACAGAGAGUUAAUUUUAAAAGAAGUUGGCCCUAGGUUUGAAAUGAAAGUCUAUAAGAUUGUCCGAGGAACAGUAGACAAGUUAGACACAGCAGACACAGAGUGGGUGCACCGGCCAUACAUGAACACAAGUCGCAAGAGAAAAUUUUUGUCUGAUGACUUGUAGAAUAUGAACAUCUUUUUUUUUAACUGCCACAGCAUUGACUGAUCCAUGUUAGUCAUUUCAACAUUAGUUUGUAUAUAGACUAAAGAAAGUGUGACUGGUAAAGCUUAACUUGACAUGUACAUACUGAAGAAAUGUAAGAAAUCAAUAAAGUCUUGAAUUGUGUUACACUGAUCA